UAAUUGUUUUUUACCAAAAUGGAGAAAAAUAGAAACAAAAACUGACAGAUCGUUUUUUACCAAAAUAAAAACGUUGCGUACCACUCGUUUCACCAAAGGCAGAUUUGUAAUGUGGAUGCUCACUAGGACAGUUAAAUAGACUACAGUCGAAGCAUCGUUUUCAAACAAAAGGAGGCACACACACUAGCGCCAUCAUGCCUACGAUGUCCACCAAGCCGGUUCCUGAUUUGGAGGAAGACUGCAUGGUUCCCAGCUGGCAGUCACUACCAGACCACGUCCUGCUGCAAAUCUUCAGCUAUCUGACAGCCUCCGAUCUGGCAAAGACUGGUCUGGUGUGCAAGGGCUGGCUGAGGGUUGCGUUUGAUGAGCUCCUGUGGAAGGAUCUGUUCUAUCGACACUGGGGUAUCUCAAGAUCUAUCGCCAUGGCACCAGGGAAAUACUCCUGGAUACAGGAGUACAAGAGACUGUUGUAUCACACACCAUCGGUAGAGAGUGAGGUACUGAAGCAACAUGCUGAUCAGGUGCUUCAUGUGAGUUUCUCACAUAACGGGAAAAUGUUUGCAACCUGUUCAAAGGAUGGAUUUAUAAGGGUGUGGGACUCCACCUAUCCGACUUCCAUCAAGUACAAGGCUGACAUGAAGAAGUUCACGUGGAAGUACACGCAGUACUCGCAGUUCAACUCCUCGGACACCCUGCUACUCGUGUCUGGCGUCCAUUUUGGCUCUCUUAGUACGUCUGGUGAAAUAGCCGUGUUCAGUCUUGAAGGUGAGUUUGUGAUGCAGAGCCGAAUGAUGAACAAGCCGUACGACGUAUUCGGGACCUGGUACAGUGACUGCUACCUCCUCUCUGGAAACCUGCACUGGACUGGGCACCUCAACUCCUGCUCCGCCAUAUGGCUAAAUAAGGCCUACCAGGAGACUGUGUCAGAGGAGGAGUCAGUGGUAAUGAGACUGUUCAAGUUCUCAAACAUUAACGCAAGCUCUAUACGUACCAUCAUGGUGGCUGACUGUCUGACAGAGGAAAGACAGGGCCUGUCAGCGGAAGAGAGAAGUGAAACGGGAAGCAUGGAGAACCUUGAUAAUGAAAGCCUGGCUCUGAUUGGUGAAGCAGAAGCCAAUCAGGAGCAAGAAGACAUUAACAAGCCCCAAGAAGGAGACCAAAGUAAAGAAAUUGAAGUCAAAGAGAAUCAACUACAAGAAAGUGCACACAAUGCCCAAAAAGUGUUCCAGGGUAUACAAGUAUUUGAGAAUGGGGAGUUCAUCACAAAAUACUUGGAAGUGGAUCCAGAUGUUCCAAAUGCAAGCAAUAAGAUCAAUGGGACAAUCAAGUAUAGCAAUGACUACAGGCAGGCGCAGGGUCCUAAGCUGUUGUCUCUAGCAUGCACGUCAGGCUACACAUCAGACACUAAUGGUAGCAAUAACGGAAAUUGUUCAGACACUAACGGGAGUGUCAACGGCAAUGGGUCAGGUUCUGAAGUCAGCGAACAGAGCAGUGAAAGUAUUUGGAACCUUGAAAUGUUUGAGCCCAGAUCUGAAGCUGUAGGGGACUCUGGAGAAAAGACAGAGACAGAUGGAUCAUCCUCUGACUUCCUUGUACCUAGCCACAGUUACCAAGGAAACCAAUCAGACAGAACAGAUUCGAGCCUUGAAACAGGUUCAUCGCAUGGCAUUGCCAAUUUGAACAUAAAUUUAAAUAUGCCAACCAAUGGAAAUGAAGAUGAUCAUGUGUUGUCUACUUCUGGUCACCAUGGAAACGUUUCUGUAGGUGGACCUAGUGUUAGGCAAGGAUUUUUGUAUCCUAGUCAUUCUGGCAAUUUCAAGCAUAAUUCUUCUGUAUCACCGACAUCUUCGUCAGUAUCAUUUUCACUUUCAUUAGAUGGAACCAGUGUUAAAGAUGCGGGAAGAAUGGAGAGUAGCUCUAGCUCUCAAAAUGUGUUACCUAGCAAGCCAAGUUCUGACUUGGAUGCAGUGUCUGCCAAUCAAUUUGUUAACUUUGUAAGAAAUUCUGCUGAAAGUCAAAUUAACUCCAACCAAUUGCGUAGUAAUAAAAGCAAUGACGUAUCCGUAACAUUUAAUGUCCAAUGCAAUCUUAGCUUAUCCGAUGAUGAGAAGAAUAAAAAACCCGUUACAAAAUCUGUAUCAACAGUAAAACACCAAGAGAGCUUAGAUGAUAUCGGAUUGAAUUCAACAAACGCUGCCAAAAGAGUAUUACACUGGCAGCAGCCCAAUCAGGGGGACCUAUUACGAGAUCCCUCGACAGGUGACCUGAGUUCUGGCUCCGAACUUGAGCAAGGUCAAAGUGUCGGUCAGGGCCAAGGUCAAUCACUCAGUCAAGUCACUGUUUCUGAUUCUGAAGCGACCCAACGUGAUCGGAAAGUAAAUUUUUGUUGUGUCGAUUACAAGAAGAAAAAAUUCACACCUUCGGAAUCAUUUUCAGAAAAACAUGGUGUAAAGUCAUCUUUAAAAGACAAGAGGGCGGACAAAAGUGCAUCGCAAACUGGUGAAUGUGAACUGGAAAUGGAAACUGAAAUAAGUGGUGAGGCAAUAAGUGGUGUAGAGAGUGCAGAUAGCGUUUCAUCAAUGGGGACGGACUCUGGAUCCGAUAUAUUGCCCGUAAAAUGCUUGCCAUUGUUGCUGAGAUCUCCAAAAGGCUGUGAUAGUGUACCCAACAACAGGGUUAAUACGAGAAGCAGGUGCAUUGCAACUAUGGCACAGUCUAGGCUAUGCAUGGGAGGCGCAGCAUUUUCUCAACAGGACAUGCAGGCGGAGUCUAAUCAAGAAAUAAAUGAGAACUGUCUGCCAGUUCAUGCUGUAUGUAUUGCUGGUACGCAAACAUUUUCGUCAACGGUGCAAUCCCCUGAUGUCUUGCAAGACAUGGGCCUCACAUUGGAGGUCACGAUACCCAAGCCCAACUUUCAACCCAAAAUAUCCAAGUCAAAAAGCAAAAGUAAACAAAAUAAAGACAAAUAUCUCAUUUUUACGAAAGGUUCAGAGACAUACACGCCUCAUCAGAUCGGGAUAAAAAGGAUUAAGCCUUUGAAAGCGUUUGACAAGGAUGGUUCCCGGUUGCUGCCGAAUGUUGCUGAUACCCUGCACAAUGUGGAACAACCGGACAGCUACGACAGAGUGGAUCAUUUGAUCGACAUGCAUGGGCACAUCAUUGGCAUGGCGCUGUCUCCAGAUCAGAGGUACUUGUAUGUGAACAGUCGUCCCUGGCCCAAGAACUACUUUAUCGAGAACCCCCUGUACCCUCCGCCAAUCGCUCAGGAGAUCGACAUCCAUGUGAUCGAUCUGCUCAACAUGCGUGAGGUCGGCACGAUGCACCGAGCACACAAGGCGUACACGUCCAACGACGAGUGCUUCUUCAUCUUCCUAGACGUCUGUGAGGAAUACGUAGCUAGUGGAGCAGAGGACAAACAUGGCUACCUCUGGGACCGACACUACGGACUGUGCCUGCAUAAGUACCCGCACACAGACGUUGUGAACUCAGUGGCAUUUAACCCUGCCGACCCGGAAGUGCUCAUCACCGUUAGCGAUGAUUUCUCCAUUAAAAUAUGGCGCUCACUGAGUAGAGAGAAAGAGGUUGUGAAGGCAUUUAACAAAGAGCACAGCAUACGCUUGAAACACGUGCAGGCCAUUGUGUCGGACACUGGCGGGGAGUACAACGGCUCUACCAGCACGGCGCAGGCUGACCAGACAUAGAUGAUGUGGAGAGAACAGUGGUUCACUACUUUUGACACACUGAGCCCCGUUCUGGGAAAAUGGUAUUAACCCUUUGCAUGCUGGGAAAUUUGUCGUCUGCAAAAAUGUCCUCUGCUGAAUUUCUAAAAUAAGCAUUUUCUUCAAUUUUUUUUCAAAAAAUACUAUCAGAAUAGCAAACAGUUUGGAUCCUGAUGAGACGCCACGUUUUGUGGCGUCUCAUCUGGAUCCAAAUUGUUUGCAAAGGCCUUUAAAAUUCGGUUCCCACACUCAAAGGGUUAAUAAAGUCUGCACAGUCUAACCAGGGACCACACUUUCCACUUAUGGAUUUUUUUGUUUAAAGGAAGUUUCUUCUGAACAAAAAUCCAGUUUAGGCAGAAAGUUUGAUCCAUAAUUAGCCUGUGCGGACUACAUGCCUGUGCGGACUGCAUGCCUGUGCGGACUACAUGCCUGUGCGGACUACAUGCCUGUGCGGACUACAUGCCUGUGCGGACUACAUGCCUGUGCGGACUGCAUGCCUGUGCGGACUGCAUGCCUGUGCGGACUGCAUGCCUGUGCGGACUGCAUGCCUGUGCGGACUGCACAGGCUAAUCUGGGAGGACACAAAUGCCUCAAGCAUAGUUAUACCAGAAGGCUGCUUACACCAGAUUUCAGCUUGGCCAUAAUGUCUGAUACCAGUGGGGAAUACAGCAUGUUCAGUUGCAUGUAAUAGCCUGACUAGACUUAGACCACAUCAUCACAUCAUAGAGAAUGAUUUAUCUUUUAUUGCAUCACCACAUUUUGCAUGUUCACUCCAUGCUAUUGGCCAUGAUGUGAACAACUUUUUAAGAUUAUUUUUUUAUAGAGCUUGAUGUUAAUUUAUAGCCUCUUUGUUUUAGCUGUGUCAUUUUGACCCAAUCCACUUGGAAAUCUACAUGCAAAUAUUUAUUUUUGUACAGAAAUUAUUUACUAUUUAGAUUCUAUCAUGCGUUUGAUAACUACCCCCAAUGAUUAAUUUAAAUUUUUGUACAUAAUUUUGUACUUAUGCGUACAGUAACCUAUGUAAACAGGUUUAAUAGUGAUAAAUUUGAUGAGCCUCAAUAAUAAAUUGUACAAUUAAUUUAAACUAGGCUUAUUGCAUGUGCGUAAAGUGUCAUCCCAGAUAAGCCUGUGCAGUCCCAACAGCACUUCAUUUAUAUAGCAUUUUGCAUUUAAUUGAAUGAAGUCUUAACUAAAUAAAAAUCCAGUUUAGGCUAAAAGUGUUGUUCCUUAUUUGCAUAUGUGCAGACUGCACAGGCUAAUCAGGGAUGACAUUUGACGGAUAUAAUGUAAGCCCAUUUUUCUCAGAACAGAGCUGAAAUAGUAGAAGGGCCUUCCCCAGGCCAUUUAGCGUUUGGAACUAGGGCAUUUGUAUUCUGAAUGUAUAUACAUUCCUGGUCCUGGUUCGUAGCCUUUCAAAAUGUAUAUAAGUCCCGCUGUGGGAAAACAGGGCUUAAUGUAUAUGAGUAAAGUGUUGUCCCAGACAAAGAUCUACAUAUAAGCUGCAUUCUGAGAAAACAGGGCUUAAUGUAUAUGAGUAAAGUGUUGUCCCAGACAAAGAUCUACAUAUAAGCUGCAUUCUGAGAAAACAGGGCUUAAUUCAUGUGAGUAAAGUGUCGUCCCAGAUUAGUCUGUGCUGUCUGCACAGGCAAAUUAGAGAUGAUAUUUUCUGCUUUAAUUGUAUAUUCCAUUUAAAGGAAGUCUCUUCUUAGCUAAAACUCUCGUUUAAGGCAGAGUUUUAUACCUGAUUAGCCACGCUUAUAUGGGAGAACAUUACACAAAUGCAUUAAACCCUGUUUUCCCAGAACAAAGCUCGUAUUAAUUUUAUAAAUUGCUUAAAUUUAGUGAUUAUGUUAUUUGUUUUCUUUUUACAAUAAUAAAUAUCUGAUCCACUUAUAAAUGUUAAAUAACAGUAUGUUAUUAAUGCGUGUGAUAACGUACUGUAUGUGUACCACUUAUGCUUGAGAUGUAUACAUAUUUGAUGUAAAUUAUUAUGUUAAUAGAUUUAUUUCAAAGCCAUGUUGUAUGCACACAGUUCUUUAAUGGUAUAUAAUGUUUACAGUUGAUAUAUUUGUGUAUAGCAAUGAACAGACACUUCAACCCUACCUUGCAGGUCAGGUUUCAGUAGCAUCUGCCCACCUCUAGAUCAUUAUAGGCCCUGUUCCAGGAAAAUUGGGCUUAAUGCAUGUGCGAAAAGUGUAGUGCCAGAUUUGACUGUCGAGUUUGCACAGGCUAAUAAGGGACAACACUUUUUGCCUAGAAUGAAUAUUUGUUUUGAAGAGUCUCCCUUUAAACAAAAAAUUCAUAAAAGCAUAAAGUGAUGUCCUGAUUAACUCUUUCAGUGCUGGAACCGAAUUUUAAAGAUCUUUGCAAACAGUUUGGAUCCAGAUGAGACGCCACAGAACGUGGCGUCUCAUCAGGAUCCAAACUGUUUGCUAUUCUGAUAGUAUUUUUUGAAAAAAAUCGAAGAAAAUGCUAAUUUUAGAAAGUCAGCAGACGACAUUUUAGCAGACGACAAAUUUCCCAGCAUGCAAAGGGUUAACGUCUGGUGACUCUCUUUACGCUCAUGCAAUAAGCCCCGUUUAUUCAGAGCACAGCUCAUAUAUAAAUAUGAAAAAGCUGGAAGUUCCGUUUGUGCUGGGAAUGAGGGCAUUUUUUAAUGUAUUUAUAAACUAUGAAGGGCAAUUUUUUAAUGUAUUUAUAAACUAUGACUUUGCUUGUCAUGUUUCAUGUUGUCAUGUUUCAACCCAUUCCAUAGUGGCAGUUCACUAAGUGUGUAUCAGUGUAGGGGUGUUACCUUCUUUAGUGUAAUAAUUAUCAGUGCAAUAGAUGUCAUGGCAUUGAUACCAGGAGAAUAGCUAAUUAUAAAUAGGAUUGUUUGCAGGUCUUUGAGUGUUCUUUAAAAUUAUCUCUAUUAAUGAAAGAAAAUUUGCUAUUUGUAUUUCGGAUCCUCUAUAAUUUACACUGCAACUCCAUUCUAUUGCUGUUUGGUGGGUCGCGCUGUAUCUGGCGAGGGAUAUAACUUGUCAGGUCAUUCAUUCAUGUAUAUGUAUGGAUAAGCAUAAUAAGACAAUUAUAAAACACACUAUUUACAUACCUUUUUGCAUUAUUUGUUAUAUCCAGCUGAUAUCUAUAGGAAUGUUUGCAGUUGUUCUUAAGUACUUGGAGAUAAUCUGUAUUAAUAUAAGAAAUAUUGCUAUUUGUAGUUUGUAUUAUUAUCUUAUUACUGAGUGGGUUUUUAGCUUGAAUUGAGUUUAAAUGUGAACUUAAUGGAAGUUGUUUUAAGCUUUUAAUGCAUUUAUGUUCAAAUAUUAGAAUAAGUCACACGUCAUUCUGCUGUCUUUUAUUCUUAAUCUUCUGGGAUUGUUGAAUUUCGCAUACUUUUGUCAACCUUAAAUGUUCAUUUUAAAUGUAAAUUUCUUGUUAUUUUUGCGUCUUAUUUCUUGUCGUUGUUGCUACAGUGCACUCAUGUUUUAGCCGUGGUCAGAACAUUUGUCCUUACGAUGUUUUUGGCCCAGUUUCAACUUGGUCAUUUGAGGUAAAAAAAACUAGGUCACUAGGUCAAAUUAAAUAACAAGCACUCUUGUAGUCACAUUUCAAGUCAAAUGUUUGUCAGAACAUUACAAAAUGUGUUCUAAUGAUACCCAGCCAAGUUUGAAAAAUAAAAAUGUGCCUAUAAAAUUGAAUAUUUUUUUUUAAUUAUUAUUCUGAACCCUAUACCUUCUCAGACUAAUUGAGUUUUGGGUGGGAGGUGAGCCCUUUAGGGCCCAUGGCCAUCUUGUAUUGUAUAGGUUUUAAUUCAGAAUUAAAAACGUGUUUAUUUGUUUGAUUUAACAAUCUUAAUGUAUUCACAUAUUUUCUGCUACAUCAAUGUGAACUAUUUUUGAUGUUUUGAUAUUUUCUAUGAUUAAUAAAAAGCACCUUAUGUGUUAAAAAAGCACCUUAUGUGUAUACAUUCUAAAUCUUCAUAUGUAAUUGGUACCAUUUUAUUUGAUUAUUUUGAUUAAAAAGAUGUAAUAGUGUUGUAAAUACGUAUUAGUAUAUAUUCAGUUUUUUAAUUCCCUAAUUCAGUUUGUGUGCAAAUCAUAAUGUGUUCUUUGUUAUUAGUAAAUCUGAUUGUUUAUGGAUUAUGACUUACAUAAAUAAUUACUAUUUAUGGUUUAUGCUAACAUAGUAUUUAAGUUUUAUUUAUGUAUUAUAAUAUAAAAUUACUAGAUUAAUUUAUUACGGAAUUGCUUUUGGUUUUUUAUGUACGUUAUAUAGUUUUCUGUUGCUGAAAUGGAUUACUUUUCACAGAUUUUUCCAGUUAAACUUGCCAGACAUUUAUAACAAAAUUAAAUUCCAUACAUUUUCUAAUUUUGAAAAGUUAAUAAACAUUUCCAAUCCUU